CAUGACCCUAUUGCUAUCCUGAGCGCUGUUCGCUUUUCCUUCACUCAUCAUGUUGUCUCUGGGCACGGCGAGUAGCGUGACUGCGAGAGGCUUGUGGGUGUGAAUCACGAUUGUUUCUGGCUCGUUUGCUGUACUGUUGGUCGUUGUUUUUCGCCCUCCUUGUUUACUGCACAGCACAAUGGCAGAUGCGGCAGAAACUUCUGGGCGAGCUUCUCUUUUAUAUUGUGUGGAAAGAAAAGAGGUUGUCAGCUCUUCCAACCCAGUAUAUUUCUGCUGAAAUCCUCUCCUUCCUUCCGAGUCUUAUCCAUCUGUGCAUGUCGACUAGAAGAAGCAGGUGCCAUGCUGAAAGUGACCGGAUUUCAGACCCAUUAUUGGCCAUUGGUUCGGUUCCUCGUCCCCCUGGCAAUCACUAAUAUAGCAGUAGAUCUCGGGGAACAGGCACUAAACAGGGGUAUAGCAGCUGUUAAAGAGGAUGCCAUUGAGAUGCUUGCUAGCUAUGGGCUGGCCUACUCCCUCAUGAAGUUCUUCACUGGACCAAUGAGUGACUUUAAGAAUGUGGGACUAGUAUUUGUUCACAGUCGGCGCGAUAGAAUCAAGGCUGUCCUUUGCAUGGUCACAGCUGGUACUGUGGCUGCCAUCUUUCAUAUUCUAAUAGCAUAUACGGAUCUGGGAUAUUACAUUAUUAACAAAUUACAUCAUGUGGAUGAUUCUGUGGGAAGUAAAACAAGAAAGGCCUUUCUAUACCUGGCUGCCUUCCCGAUGCUGGAUUCCUUGGCAUGGACCCAUGCUGGCAUUCUGCUGAAACAUAAAUACAGUUUAUUGGUGGGCUGUGCCUCAGUUUCAGAUGUCAUUGCUCAGAUUGUAUUUGUAUCCAUUUUGCUGCACAGUCAUCUAGAAUGCACAGAGCCACUCCUGAUUCCAAUUCUGGCCUUGUAUAUGGGAGUGGUGGUCCGUUUUACCAUGGUGGGGCUUGGAUAUUAUAAAAAUGUACAUGACAUCAUUCCUGAGAGAAGUGGACCUGAAAUGGGGGGAAAGGACUACGCACACAAGCCAGCACUAAGUGAAACGUUCACACCUUCAUUUGAAGGCAAACCAAAUUUUCCAAGAGACUGCAUGUCUGGCAAGGCCUCAAGCAACAGUCAGCUUAUCAGAACAUUACACGCAUUUUCUGAGAAGCUUUCUAUGGCAUGCAAUGUCUCAUCAAUGUUGUGCUUUAUUGUGUUCUGGACUCCGCAUCUGUCAGAGAAAAUCCUGGUUAAUCUGAUAGGAGUGAAUUUAGCUUUUGCUGAGCUCUGCGUGAUACCUCUGAGGAUUUUCUCCUUCUUCCCUUUCCCAGUUACAAUUCGAGCACACCUGACUGGUUGGCUGAUGACCUUAAAGAAGACUUUUGUGCUGGCACCCAGUUCAGUGUUGAGGAUAGUGCUUCUCAUUACAAGUCUGAUCAUUCUCCCUUAUAUGGGGAUACAUGGAGCUGCUUUAGGUGUUGGUUCACUUCUUGCUGGUUUUCUGGGAGAAUCGGCGAUGGUAGCAAUAGCAUCUUGUUAUGUAUAUCGAAAAGAGAAAAAUAGAAGAUCUCUGGAUGAACUAGCAGCUGAGGGAGAGGACUCGGCCAUGAAUUCUGCAGUAAACCCUGAGGAAACGUCUGAGGUAGUGGAGUUAGAUGAAGAUGAAUGAGCAACAUUUAUACACUACAGAAAUCAGUAUGGUUCAGCAUCACAAUAUUAAACCACCCUUCUCCUGCUAUAUUCUUCACUUUAUUUUUCCGGAAAAAGUGUCUGUCCACACCAAAAACUUCUCCUGAUUCUGUCGAUGAACUACUCCUUAUCAUCGAACAGUCUCGGACAAGAAGGGACCUUCUCGCAUGCAAAUCCAUUUCAGCUAAUAUGUGGAUGGAAGCAGCUUCAAAAGAUAACACCCAGCAAGUCUUCCAUAGUUAAGUUGGCUGACAUCCUUCUAUCCAUGGUAUAAGCAACACAUCUAAAACCAAAGCACCUUUCUUCUUUUGACUAUACUGGUUUUCCAUCAAUAUUCUUUGAUAGACUAUGGAUGUAUAUUGGGAUUUUUACUUUAUUUAACUACUUUAAUAGUAUUACAUUGUUUUUUUUUAAUGUACACUUGCAGUUAUGUUUCCAGUGACCUGUGUGGUGUAUUGCCAUAAUGUUGCUGCUUGAGAGGUGGCGCUCUGAAGACGCCAUAACCAUAAAGGACACAAUUUUGUAAAAAAAAGAAAAACUGUUGAACAUAUCAAAAUAUUUUUUUACAUACCAGAAGAGUUUGAUAUCAGUAUAUUGAGGAGACUGUUGUGCAUGUGAUGGUGACUUGUAAGUAAAGCAGUAAACAUAGGAAAAUUAACACUGAAAAACAUAGAUAUGAUUUGAAUUUUAUAAGCUUGUCAUAUUAAAUAGCACAAGUGUACAUUACUUAAAAGUGAUAUUUUAAGGUGGUGUGAAAUUUGACAGCUUAAAGUGAUGUGUUCAGAAACACUUUGGUUCAUAAGUGGUUAACAAAGUGUUACACCAUUUUGAUACAUGUACUGAUUCAGAGCAUUGUAUAUUGUAAAGCAGUGGAUACAAUGUAGUUCAAAUGAAUUCAGUAUUUUCUUUUCCAUUGCAGCUUAUUAGACAAGUGGUUAUGUGUUGAAGAAUGACCGUUUAUUACAAUUAAUGAAUGUUGCAGCUCAGUGCUUGAUUGGUUAGUUUCUGUGGAAGAAUGACACCAGCAUAGAUUUGGUCCAAUUGUACCAGUACCUUUUUUCUGCACACAGCAACAUCUAUUUUUGCUGUUACAUUACACCAAGGACUUCAAGUAUGCUUUCAGUCAGUGUUCACAAAGCUCCUAACUGCAUCUGAUAAUCUCCACCUCAUUUUCUUCCUUCCCAGGUCCAGCUUGUCUGGGGUUCAUUUUCCAGACCACUUUUGUUUUAAUCCAAUCCUUCCUUAGUUUUAUUUGCUUCAAAUUGGAGAUAGAACCACAUCAAAGAAUUGCCUUUAACUUGUCACAAAAAUGGCAGUAUCAUUGAGAGACCCCAUGGUUCAAAAUGGGAAUGUACUUUUUUACAAUUUGAGACAGUAGAGUACUGUUGGGGUAGAAUGGAGGAAGCUUUAUUCUCUUGCUAACUGUGCUACACUUGGCCAGAAAGUACUUGAUUCAGAUAUUGGGUACACAAAUAGGGAAAAUUCCAAAUUUCAACACUUACUUCUUGAGCAAAGAACAAGAAACAAAGAAGAUUACAGCACAGGAACAGGCCCUUCGGCCCUCCAAGCCUGCACCAGUCCAGAUCCUCUAUCUAAACCUUUUGCCUAUUUUCCAAGGAUCUGUAUCCCUCUGCUCUCUGCCCAUUCAUGUAUCUGUCUAGAUAUGUCUUAAAUAACACUAUCGUUGCCUGCCUCUACCACCUCCGCUGGCAACGCGUUCCAGGCACCCACCACCCUCUGCAUAAAGAACUUUCCACGCAUAUCUCCCUUAAACUUUUCCCCUCUCC